CUAGAGCUGUUACUUCUAGUUCUUGAAGAUCCAGACCUCCUCAUUAGGCAAAUAAUGUGAAGACUGGAUAUAUGCCAUUUUUAGAAAAACUGCAGUGUAGUGCAGAACAACAGAAAAAUGCCUUAGAACCAAAUCAAGUAAAACCAAGCGUGUUCAGAAUAUCACUGAAAUCCCCUCUUAAAAAACAAAGCAAAAAAACCUAACACGUCAAAUUUGAAGAUACUUGGAAAGGUGAAAUCGACGUAUUGAAGACUCUCUGCGCAAGUCAACCUAGGUAGUAUCCAUUGCUAUAUAACCUCAUCCUCAUUCUGCACCAAUAAUAAAAAUGAUACUUCAUUUUUGAUCCUUUGUCUGUAUGGCUCUCUUGCUUUCAUCAAGGUUGAGGUGAGAGGAGGAAGUGUUUUUCACGUUUCAGGAAGAGCAUUAUAUUUAAGUGAGGAGUUGUUUAUACUCAGAUAGCAUACAGCAAUCAAACGUUAUCACUGAUGACAGUCCUUCAUAUCCUCAAUCUAACAUCACAGUGGCUAGAAUCAAGGAAGAUGGCUCCAAAUCAUCACCGCUUAGUUAAUGUGUGUUUGCCUAAAGUUGUAGUUUACUUUUGACUUCACAUAGAACUCAAAAUUCUGUAUGUUCUAUGGAGUUCACUACCACUACUGUUGCCAAUGCUGAGUGCUAGUUUUUGAUUCAGGACAAUGAAUUCUCCAUCUAUGAUGGUAAUUUAGACAUUCAGAAAUUUUGUUACUGUAUCUGAAGGAUGUUGGUAUUUGCUAUGAAAAUAACAAUUUAUUUGAAAAUGGAGCCAGUAUUUAUGUAAUAUCACUGCUUUAAUUUUGUUCUUCUAGAAGUAUUGGGCAAGGAUUUUAAUGGUGCAUGUAGGCAGAGAUGGGACUUCUUUUCAAUGAAGAUAUGUCGUGGUAUAUCCUGAGCUGGAAGGAACACAUGAGGAUCAUCGCGUCCAAACAGAGCAUUCUUAAGGGGGAAGAGGGAGUGGUUUUGUUCCCUGGUUUAUGUUGUUUUUGUUUGUUUUUCUUGGCUGGACCAUUAACCAAAGUGACGAUUUGUAAAGAUAAGGAUGGAAAACCUAAGUCUUUUGGAUUUGUCUGCUUUAAGCACAAAGAAUCAGUGCCUUAUGCAAUAGCUUUGCUGAAUGGAAUCCGUUUGUAUGGAAGACCAAUUAAAGUACGGUAUCGGUUUGGGAGUUCACACUCUUCAGAACUAAACAGCCCAACACAUGGUUUUGAGAACUAUGCUGACUUAUAUUCACCUUCAUAUAGGUAUCAAGAGCCUUAUGGAAAUCCUCCAUUUCCUGUUACUCCUUUUCCAAUGAACAAUUGUUUACCUCAGGAACACUCCAUCUUUCAGAAGAUGAUGAACCAUUUUUUAGAACAGCAGUACGCAGUUCACAGUCCAGUGAGUCAGCAAUUUCCUUACUACCAGAUGACUCUGCCACUGCCUUCAAGCUUAUCCAUUCCUCCCUAUCAGAAUCAAGCUGCAAAUUUUAAGUGUGGGCAGAGUUGUUUUGAGUUGGCUGUGCCACAUUCAAGUGAUGGAAAAGUGUACCAGGUGGAUGAAAGCACGUCUAAAAGAAAGAGGGAACAGCAAAGUUGUGACAGUGACACUAGUACUGAAGAUGACAGAAUGAGACAAAGAGAUCAUGACCAAAAAUACAAUAAGUGCAAAGCCAAGAAAAAAAGGCAUUAAUACUGUAAAAGUGGAUUAUUUUUACUUAUAUUUUCUAUUUUUAUUUGAGAGAAAUUCACUCAUUGUUGCACUUUAUUACAAAAGGAAUGUACAAGACUCAUAUUAAUUUUGAAAGGCAUUGUGCAUAAAUUAUACUGAUACUUUAUUAACCUCAACCAAGUAAAAGAAGAAAGUGUGUUAAGGUAUAGGAAAUAUUUUAAAAGAUACAGUUAUCCUAUAGAAAGAGAAUGUCGGUAAUUAUGCUUCUGUUUUCCAAGAAUUACAAAAGUCUGUUAGUUUGCUAAUUUAGACACUGUGAAAAUGUAUACUUUGAGCCACUCAUAAAGCAUACGUAUCACUUCGAUGACUUGUGGAAUUUACUAUUGUGACUGCUUUAAGAAUUCUCUGGAGCUGCUGAAGAACUGAGCGGACUAGAAAUUGUAAGUGCCCUACUAAAGAUUUGCUCAUCGCUGGAGUAUCAAUGCCUACAACUUUUCCUCUUUACUGAUCUAUCUCUGCUCUUAUGUUGCAUUAGGAUCAGUGUGUACACUUAUUGUAACUUUUCUUUUUUUUCUAGUAAUAAAUGCAAGGUAAAAAAAAAAAAAGCAUUUGCACUAACUACAAGGCUUACAUACUGUAUCAGUUCUCAAAGUGAUGUACUUUAUGGUUAUGCUCUGACUAGACCUGCAUACACUGUGGAUCUUUCAAUAUACUCACUGUGGAUCUUUUGAUAAACUUAAUCUCCAGUGCUCAA